CUCUCCUCUCCUCUCCUCUUCCUCCUCUUCCUCCUCUUCCUCAGGUCUGGUCCUCGUUGACUGAUGGAGUCCAACGCCCCGAAGAGGAGAGACAACAAGAAGUCUCUGAGGGUCAAAGUCAUCAGUCUGGGAAACGCUGAGGUGGGAAAGAGCUGCAUCAUAAAGCGUUACUGUGAGAAGAGGUUCGUUCCAAAGUAUUUGGCCACGAUCGGCAUCGACUACGGCGUCACCAAAGUUCAGGUUCGGGACAGAGAAAUCAAAGUGAACAUCUUCGACAUGGCCGGUCAUCCCUUCUUCUACGAAGUGCGUAAUGAGUUCUAUAAGGACAGUCAGGGGGUUCUCCUGGUGUAUGACGUGGGCCUCAGGGAGAGCUUUGAGGCUCUGGACAGCUGGCUGGGGGAGAUGAAGCAGGAGAUGGGUUCUCAGGCCAACAUGGAGAGCAUCGUGUUCAUCGUGUGCGCCAACAAGGUGGACCUGACGAAGCGGCGCGUGGUGGACGAGGGGGAGGGGCGUCUGUGGGCGGAGUCUAGAGGGUUCCACUACUUUGAGACGUCGGCUCAGAGCGGAGAGGGCAUCAACGAGAUGUUCCAGGCGUUCUUCUCCUCCAUCACCGACAUGUGUGAGAACGGAGGGAAGCGUCCGGUGACGGAGGUCAGCGUGGGCUUCACCAAAGAGCAGGCCGACACCAUCCGACGCAUCCGCAACAGCAAAGACUCCUGGGACAUGCUGGGGGUCAAACCGGGGGCCACGCGGGAGGAGGUGAACAAGGCGUACAGGAAGUUGGCGGUGCUGCUGCAUCCAGAUAAGUGCGUUGCCCCCGGCAGCGAGGACGCCUUCAAGGCCGUCGUGAACGCUCGCACCUCUCUGCUGAAGAACAUCAAAUAACACACCACUCAUGUGACAGGAACCGGCCAAUCACAGGCCUCCGUCUGAACGGAGCUCAGUCAUUGGUCCGUUCAGAGAGAGGAGAUCUUUAGUGCCACGAAGAAAAGUUUCUGAGCGAUGAGAGGGAAACGCUACGGAAGACCAGGAGAACCAAUACAUUAAUAUACAAGAUAAAUAAAUACAAAUAUUCAAAAAUAUUAUGGUGAAAGGACAUAAAUCAGAUUAAAAACUCAAAAUCCUAAUUUUACUUUAAAAGUAUGAGAUUUAAAAAGGGAAGUUAUAACUCUAAAACUAAAGUUAUAUUCUCAAAUUCAAGAGGCUGGAAGGAAAAAACGUACUAGUCAAAAUGAAAUAAAAGUAAGAAUUAAAAGACUGAAGUGAGUUUCGAUAUUUAAAGUCACAGUUUUGAGGAAAACAGUAUUAAUAAUAUCUGAUGACAUCAUCAGAGCAGCAGGUCAAAGGUCAGUGUUAACGAGCUGAACAAAGUAUAAAUCCAGCUUUUAUUAAAUGUGACUUUUAUUCUGAAGGGAUUCAUUUAAAGUCAUAAAAACGUCACAUUGUAAAGUAGAAGAUGAAAAUGUGACGUAAACAAAAUGCAUGUUUGAUAUUAAUAAUCCUAAACUUUGGUAUUUGACAUGCGGCCAAACAUUCCUCUACAAACGAUGACGAAGAUGAUGAAGAUAAGUUUGUUCCCUUAAGUGACUAAUCUGUUUCCUCCGUUAGUUCCCUCAAACUGAACUUCUAUUAUUUAUUUAUUUUCUUUCAAACUCCUAAUUAACUGAUUUAUUUAUCAAAACGAUUUUUUAUUAUUUAUUAUCUGUUCCCUCAGAUUUGUUAAGAAGCCAAACUGUUCCCUCAAACAUUAUUUGUUCCCUUAAGUACAUUUUUACUCUCAAAUUAUAAUUUAUUUUCUAAUAAUGAAGAAAAUUAUUCCUUUAAGCGACUAAAAGUAUUAAGUGACUUGUGCCAUGAAACCUGAAAGUAGUUCCCUUAAAUUCCUUUUUUCUACUUUUAGUUUUUUUGUUCACUUUAAAUCGUUUCCUAUAAAUUCACAUUUGUUUCUGUUAUGACAUAUUUAAUUUCAGACUUAUGUCAGAAUCUUUCUUUUUUUUAUUAUGUUUUUAUAGAAAACGAAUAAUUUAAGUUACUGAAAUAUUUUUAUUAAAUUGUUAAUAAUUUCUUUAAAAUCAUAAUUCAAACCUUCACAUCAUCAAAUUAUUUAUUUAAUACUUUUAAACAUCAGUUUUUCGUCUCCAUUCAUUAAACAGCGUUUAGUUUUCCCGACUCCCCUGAACUCAACGUUUACAUGACGAAGAAAAAAUAAACUCUUCGUUGACGACUUUGUAGUGUUUGAUACGGAGAGCGGCUCCAUGAAAAUCAGAUUAUUCUUUAUAUUUUUACAUGUCAGAAAUAUGAAGGCGGAGCUUCCACUCGUCACUUUAACGGGUUUUAUGAUUCUUUAUAGAAUGUUAAGUUAUUUGAAUCACUAAUACGUCGUCUGAUGUGGUUUUGUUUCUCCACAUAAAGACCACAUUUCCCAUCAGCCCUGUUGCUUCUUUAUUAAUAUUUAAAGGUCAGUAAAUUAAUAUGACGACUAACGAUGAGAAAAACAUUUCUAAACAAUUGAAUUAUUAGAAAUAUUGUAUAUAUGUUUUGUGAAGCAGUUUGUUUCAAAAUGUUUUACAAGUGAUUCACACUUCUAUAUAAGUUUAAAUAAAAUAAAUAAUAUAAUAAACCUCCCCUCAGACGACGAGUGGAACAUCCAGAUGUUGUUGAUGUGAAGUGUCGGCCAAUCACACGCCUCCAACACGUAAACAUUAAGCACGUCAGUGUUCUUCAUUAUGACCACACAUUCAUUUAUUCAGAGGGAAUGAUGGAUGAACACAAUGUUUGACCUCCGUACCUCAUGACACACGCCAGAGUCAUCUGAUGUGGUGAUGAUGCGUUUCCUGUUUCCCCCGACCGCCUUUAAGGUCACGAUAACGCAGAAGAAGAAGAAGAGAACUUCACCCUCGUUAGUGAGGAAACCCUCGUUUACACACUUUGUUUCCUGUGUGUGUGUGUGUGUGUGUGUGUGUGUGUGUGUGUGUGUGUGUGUGUGUGUGUGUGUGUGUGUGUGUGUGUGUGUUACUGUGUGUGUGUGUGUGUUACUGUCUCACUGUGGUUCUUGUAAAUGCACGUUUUACUGGAUUGUUUUUGAAAUAAUAAAAAGAUAA